AACUUGUAUUUUACAUUGCCAGAAAACUCAAGGUGCCUACCAAACAUCUCUUAGGGCAAUAUAUUGCGCUCUCCUUUUCUACUUAUUUUGUCGUUUAUUUGUUUUUGAACCAUCGCUAUUGAGCUUGAGUUCAACUAAAGGGUAGCGCCGAGCGUGGUCUCGGCGCACUCGUUAUCACCUGGAGUCAUGAUGAUCAUUACCAAGAACCAUUGACGAGCGGCAUUGCUGACCUGCAAUGGUGGAUCAACACGGGGUAUUGGGAUCACGACCCUGAUAUACCCUUGCAUGUUGCUGGGGACGAUAUGACUCAAAGUUUUGCUAGAACUGCAACGUGUUACGAAGCAUCAUCCUUCAACGACACGCCGCCAGCAGUUGAGCAUUACCAGUCUGUUGAACCUGACAACGCGCAAGUAAGACUACGCCUCCUUCCUGAUUCUCUCCAACCUUCAUCUAUCCAUAAUCCUAUUUUCUUAUCGGAACCAUCGUCUCCGCCGAGGUCCUCACCGGCCUUAUGGGAUAGCUCGAGUUCUUUGAGUUCCACUGCGAUUGUUCCAUAUGAAUCAAGAGCUUCGCCAUCGGCAUUGUCAAGCCCUACCUCCCAACCAUGUAACUUUUGCGGGGCACUCUUUGACAACGCCGCCUCUCUCUGCACUCACAUAGUUUUACACCAUUGUCCCUCAAAACCAUUCUAUUGCGGAAGAGGUACCUGUGUGACCCAUGGUAGUAAGAGGUCCCUUGAACGGCACCUGACAAACACUCAUUUCUAUGCGCUUUAUAUCUGCUGUUACGGAACCUCGAAUCGCAAAGAUAAGCAUUGUGAACAUUUACGAAAGUGUGCUUGUGUUGGCAACGUUUACCGGUGUAUAUGUGGACAUACCGAAGACAACAAGCAUGCACACAAAGUUCACAUUGAUGAAUGUGGUAAACGGAAGAAAGGCAGACCAAAGAAACAGAAAACGGAUAGUGGAUAAUUUUGGAUGCGAGAGUAGCUCCUGGAUGGAAUGGCAAGUCUUCCGAGGUUGAAAUGCCUUGCAUAGCUGCACAUGACCAAUAAGGCUUUGUGGACUGUGUUUAAUGAUCUGUUUUGGCUCAGAUGACUGUUUGCAUUGUUCAGGACUGGGAUGGCUUAUCUGUUUUCUUUUGACAGAAGGAACAGCUCGUGGGGUACACAUAAGCCAUUGAUUUCUUGGAAUUACUGCUAUUCUUUUCAUCUGGGUCAAUUAAGUUAUCAGACUAGUUAUCUGGACCAAGGGAGGUGACAGGUGCACCCUGCGGGCUGUUUCGAUAUGUCAAAAGAUCGUGAAGCUAGCUGUUACCUUUUAAUGUAAAUAUGACUAAGAAGAAUAACUUAAAUAGAAU